CUACCUGGCGUUAGCACAACAGCUAGCAGAUAAAAUAAGCUGUCAAGACUGUUGAUUAAACUAGAAAAUCUUUAGGGUACAGCCAUACCCAUGAAUUUUCUAACUUUUAGAGUGACUCCUUCCAACAACUGCUACUGUGCAACGUUAUAUCAGCUCACUUAUAAACCGUUCAGCUUGUGCUAUUCCCAGUUAGGUUAGUCAUGUAUACAGAGCUCAACAGCAUCCUGAGCACCACUCCCGACAGCUUCACACAGGGAGAGUUUAUCCUUGUGUCAGACCGACAGAGUGAUGCCUCUUUUCUCAUUCACCACUUCCUCUCUUUCUACCUACGAGCGCGCUGCAGAGUGUGUUUCCUUGGCCUGGCGCAGUCCUUCAGUCACUACAGUGCAGUCAGUCAGAAACUGGGUGUAAGUCUAACGCAAGCGAAGGAGAAAGGUCAGCUGAUAUUUCUUGAGGGACUGAAGGAGUCAUUGUCUGUUUUGAUUCCUCAAGAAGCUGGAACAGGAAGUCAAGCCAUGGACUUCCUCAGAGAUCCUACAGUCGGCCUUCGGUGUUUGUACGAGUUUGUCCAGUCAACUGUUAGAAGUUCUGGUGGUGAGGAGGAAGGGGCAGAGGCGUGGGGUCCCCCGGUGUUGCUGGUGGAUGAUCUCAGCGUUCUGCUGAGUCUGGGGGUGAGCGCUGGAGCCGUGUUGGACUUCAGCCACUACUGCCGAGCCACAGUCUGCUCCCAGCUACAGGGAAAUAUGGUGAUGCUGGUACGCUGUGAUGAGGAAGAAGAGGAGGAUGACGGAGAUGAUGGCGGCUCAGAGCAGGUGCUGAAGGGCCUGAGCCACCAGUGUAGCCUCACUCUGCAUGUACAGGGUCUCCCAACUGGCUACUGUAGGGACAUACACGGGCAGGUGGAGGUGUGUUGGAGGAGGAGACAAGGUGAUGGGCAGAACGCACAGAAGAAACUCUUUCAGUACAAGCUCCAUGAUAAAGGAGCUUCCUUCUUUGCUCGAGGGACAUCCACUGCUGUUCUAUAGUUGUAACUUUCAAUGUCCUCAUACUUUUUUUUUGUCUCUUUAACAUGUGACAACUGGCUGUUAUGUUUUGAUACAGCCAGACAACACAAAUGUUGGUUGGUUAGCUGCUGGAGUGGUUGGGGAAUAAGACAAAUUUACCAGCCAUAGCCAAGCUUCACAUUUGGCUGGUUUCUAGUGUCAGUGACCCAGUCUGGACACCAGACUGUCUGGAGGAUGGACACAGUGAUCGUGCCAGCUGAUUGCAGGGUUCCAGACCUCUGAAUUGCUGCCCACUUCUCGGAUGUUUU